CCCCCGACUGCCCGGAAGAGCUGCCCGACUCAUUCUUAAAUAUUAUAGCUCAAAAUCGUCUGCUAAACCCUCUUAAGUCCAUUAAACGCUAAAUGUAUAACAUGUGCAAGUUAUAACAGCUAAAAAUAGAUCAUUUCCCAGAAGCCUAAACCGAAAGUAGGAAUUUUUGUGAAAAUUACUGCGCGAAUCAUUUUAAUGCUGACGUGUACAUCGGAGUACAAAUAAACACAUCUCGGUAGCACAAGUUCAGUAAUCUUUGAUUCACCAUGGCUUCAGCUUCAGAUUCACUUGACCUUGAAAAUGCGUCAUUGUUGGGCGAGAUUGUUGAGCUGUUGGAUAUGGGUCGAGAUGCCGAGGUGAUAAUGCUGAUUGGGCAGAGUGGGGCUGGUAAAAGUGCGAUGCUCAAUACCAUCCACAAGGUGUUAACUGGAGAAAAUUACACCCUGGCAAAACAAGGAGCCGGCCAUGCGCAAUCUGUUACCCUUGACCUUGGAAGAUAUGACAAUUGUGGUGUUGACUUGAAGACUAUCCGAGAUGAUUCAAGGAAAGAAAAAAUUGCUGCAGUUGUACACAAACUGCCACAUAUAGUUGAUUGUGCUGGCCUGGGAGAUGAUGACUCACCAGAGUUACGUGAAAUAUUAGAACGUCUUGUAGGAGGUUUUAUACCAAAAGGUACAAACAUUGAAGCGUUGCAGUCAAAACAGAAAGAAUUUGGUGUGGGAUGUCUGUCGAAACUAUAUCCAAAGUCAAACCCUGCUGACACGGUGACAAAGGUUGUAUUUAUACAAAGCUGUAGAAAUGUCAUACCAAGAAACUUGAUAAAUUGUUUGAACCAAGUCCUCAAAAUAACAGACCCUACAACCUUGAAAAGAAAAUAUACCGCAGAAGUGUUUCUACUGAUAUCAAAGUUCGACUUGGUUCGUGACCCGUCUGUUCAUAUCUCAACCGGAAGUGACGAAGAAAGUAUGACACUUGAAGAAUUCGUCAAGGAGGAAAACGAACUGGCUCCCGAGUUUAAUAUUGUAGGAGCAUUGGAAGCUAACCGCAUUCGUUGGGCAAGUUAUACUGACAGGAUUCAAGGCAGAAAUGAAUACAUAGAGAAUAUUGCUCUCAAGUUCCUUAGGCGAAUGGUUCAACCUGGAACCCCGAAGACAGACACGACUGAACCCGUCGUCGGUACAAUGAAGACUUUUGAACUAUGCAUGUUUAGAUUAUCGAACCAGAUCAAGCAGUUCUUCUUACAAGACAUGCAGUUAAAUAUAACACCGGCUUGGUUUGUUACCGCUGUUGUGUUUGUAGUGGUUAUUGCAGUACUGUACAAACUACUGAUGUCCAGUGUUUAAAGUGGAAGAGUCAAGAAAACUACGGCUAACUCCGGAUCACUUCGUCAUUUUCCGUGUCUUACAAGUGAAAAGUAAUACAUGUAUUUUGAUAUGCUCCUGGUCAAGUGAAUUGUCAUUUGUUACAGAAAGUUACAUUUUUGCGAUUUUUCGUGAAACAAUUACAUAUAUUUGACAUCAAAGGAACAAAGUUGUCACAUAAUAUUUUGUCAAUCAUUUGUUGUUAAUUUAAAAGGCUCACUACUAAUAACCCGUCUUUUGAUUGUAGUUUGUAAAAACAAAGCCUUCAUAAUUAUAAUGAACUGACAAUA